UGUUUCAAUUUUUUUUUAACUUAAAAAUAAUAAAAACAUAUUUACUCCCGGCAGUACAAAAAACUGUUCAAUAUUCCAUAUUUCAAUGACAUAUCGGGAACAAGCAUCAUUUUCAAAACGAUUAGGAAAAUUGCUCACUCUCAAGUAUGAACAGAAACAUGUUUUAAAAACUACAUUUAAAGCUAUAAAAAAAUUUUUAUAAAAUAAUUUUAAUCUUCGUAAUCAUAAAACAAUGCGAAGUUCAGUUUUCUUUCAGACAAAACCCAAACUCUCCGCAUUAAAAAUUAUAUCUCUUAUUAGUUUGAGAUUAUUAUUUUGCUGUACAAACGUGUGCGAAGUGAAUACUUUAAGUCACAGUUGCAUGAAUUCAAUAAUUAAAAGGAUCAGUGGAAUCCAUCCCCGUCAAAUCGUGCUGAUUUUCAGUACUACCAGAUAUUAUCACCGUGACGAAGAAAACUUGAUAUCAAAACUUAUAUUGUGCCAAAACAUUUCCACUACUACAGUUGAAAUUAAUUUUUUGGCUGCAGAUUUUAUAGAUGAUUCGGACUCUAUCAAUAUAAUUUUAGUUCGAGACGAAACUGCAAUAGAUUACGUUAAAACAUACAUUGAUAUGUAAUCUCAAAUAUUUCCCGAUAAAAUCCGCCCCAAAACUUUAAUUAUUUUUCUAAUAAAAUUCAAAAGUAAGUCUCUCGGCGCCAUCGAAUCAAUUUCUAAAUAUGGUUGGAGUAAACAGUUUUUAGAUAUUUCAUUCAUUCAAGAGGAAAAUGCUUGUAUUGUACAAAUAUACAAUCCCUUCAGUAGAGAAAUGAUAAAACAAAACAUUAAAGACAACUCAGAGAAAAUAUUUCCAGAUAAAUUACUCAAUGGACAUAGACACAAAAUAAUAAUAGGAAUCAAUGCAGGCGAUAAACUAUCAGCUCCGAUUAGAAAUGAAUCUGGACAUGCUAUCGACAUUCUAAGACCACUGUACAAUGAAACUAAGCUUGUUUUAGAAAGUAUCAAUUUUUCCAGUUCCUUCGCUGAAACCAAUAAAACUGAUUACACCACAGGAUUAAAUUUUUUGAUUGAACAAUUGAGAAAUAAUCAGAUCAGCCUAAUUUCAGUACCACGAGGUUAUCAGAAAAUUUAUGAAAAUGUAACUCACGUGUACACAGAAAGGGAAUGCAUGAAUAUAUCAGCUUUAAUUCCUGAACAGUUGAAAGGGCAAAUACAAUUUCCGAAAAAAAUCUUACAAUCUUUACUUGCGGUUCCUGUAACAUUAGGAUUCAUUAUCUGCAUUCUCCGACUCACAAAAAUUGUUAGCGACAAAGUUACAAUAUUGAAAAUUUUGGGCGCCCUAUUUGGUAUCAGCGUAGGCUUGAAGCCGUCUAAAAACUCAGAAUUGACAGCUUUGAUGAGUAUAUUUUUAAUUUCUACCGUUUAUCCUACAGAUUUUUAUUCCGUUUUUAUUGAAGAGAAAUUGAUUCAAAACACUGAAACUUUCGAUACAUAUAAAAGCAUUGAUGAGUCGGAACUAGAAAUAUUCAUUUUCACAGUGUAUUCAAAUUUAUUGGAAGAUACUAAUGAUACCAACGCAAAUAACAUGAAAAAGAAAAGUAAACCAUAUUUUAGUUCUGUUUCAUGCAUAAGACCAUUAGUGAUCGAACGCAAUCGUACUUGCAUUGGAGCUUUCGAUGCACUUCAAGAUUCAAUUGAAGAAGUAAAGUGCCAUGAAAAAAAUUGUCACAUAUUGUAUGCUAAAAAGCUAUUCGGUUGUUAUGCAAGAUCAUAUUUAUUUGAAAAAGCUAGUCCGUAUGCAGAUAGAUUCCAGAAUAAGUUAAGACAGCUUCGUGAAUAUGGAAUUGAUAUUUUUAUUAAAAGAGGAUACGAUAAGAUUAUAGUCGACGAUCAAGAAAAUGGACGUUCACUGUCCCCAGAUUUAUUUCAUAUUCACUUGAUUUUCAUCGUAGCUUCUGGGGUAAUUUUAUCAUUUUUUGUACUUGUAAUUGAAAAUAUCUUGAAUUUCAUAGUCAUUAAAGCAGAAGAGUCAAAUUUUUUCAAAACUUUGACGCUCCCAUUUAGUCCAUAUUUAAAACGUAUAUUUUUAGCGAUAGUCAUGUCGGUGUUCGAUUCCUUAGGUUUUCUCGUUCCUAUUCAGCUCAUACCAGAAUCAGAGUUUACUCAGUGGCAAGUAUGGCUGCAAGUCUUAGAACUCGUAAAAAAAUUAAAAAUGAACCGAUGUUAUCAAUUAUCGCAAGCUCAAGUUAAAAAAGCUGAACUUCAUAUAUUCUGCGAUGCAAGUUCAAGAGAUUACGGGGUUGAAGCGUAUUGGCGUUUCAAUUUAGGUAAUAACAAGUAUCACGUUUCUUUUAUUAUUGGUAAAAAUAAAGUAGUCUCAAAUAAAGCCAAUACUACAAUUCCUAGAUUAGAGCUUCAAGCUGCUUUUAUUGCAACAUUUGUUUUCAAUCGUAUUCGAGAGAUAUGCCACAAAUCGAAAGCUCUUGAGUGGAGAUGGAUAAACUCUGAAUGGAACGCCGCGGACGAUGCGACAAAAUAUGUUCCGUAA